AUGCCUAUGGAGUGCGAUCUGAACCAAAUCAUUCAGGAGUUGUCCUCUACAAACCAACCUCCGGAGGAAUGGCAGAGGAUUGCUUUGGAAGGACAUCGCCAGAAGAUUUCCGACGAAAUUCAAAAGGUGGAAGGAAUGAUCGCUUGCCCCAGAGAGCGAAUAGACUCUUUGAACGAAGAAAAAUGGGCCGUCUCUGGUAUUUUAUCCCCACUUCGCCGGCUCCCCUCUGAACUUGUGGCGGAGGUUGUCAAAGCCUCGCUCUCGCCCCUUGUCCACGACCACGACCAACGUCGCCAUUUCAUGACGCUGCGAUGUAUUUCAAGACUGUGGCGUCAGGUCUCAUACGAUACCCCUUCACUCUGGGCGAGCCUCACCCUGUCUGAGGACGAUUUCCUCCGAAAGGAGCAGGGAGCCCUGCCAUCGUCGUCACUGCCCUCGCGAGUGCGCACCUGGUUCGACCGUGCCGCGGAUGUCCCCACUUCACUUUACAUAUUCGCGGAUUAUCGAUACCAACCCGACUUUGAUUGGGGCGCCUACGAAAGCACGGUGUUGCUCGCCGCUGAAGACAGAAAUUGGGCGACUGUCCGUCUCUCCAAAGAGAACGGGAUGUCAGAAGUCUUGGCUGCCAAACUUGUCCUCCGGGCUCAUACCUCCUCUUAUCGCCCCUGGAGAAACCUAAAAGAGUUGAAAAUACCAUUCGACGUCAUUGGCCAUGGCACAGCCUCUCGUGGAAAGAUGUUUUGGCCAGUCCCAGAUAUACCACUGGAUAUCUUCCUACCAUCCCUCUCCAUCCUCUCGCUCGAAAUUAUUAGCUCAGUAAUCCACGCCAACGCAAUCAUCUCGCACAAAGGCAUUACAUGCUUGGAAGUCAUUGUUCACCAUGUCAUACCCAGUCUUUUGGAAGAUUUCAUUCCCAACCUCAAGUUCCUUCCCAGUCUGAAGAAAAUUCAGUAUUCAUUAGCAGGGCCACUAUCGGUAUCAUUGGCAAUGUCUCUCGGGCUGUACUAUAUAUACCCCGAGCGCUCCGGCAGGGUGGUUCACGAAGGAGUCGAAUCUCUCACUGUCAGCACUGACGGGCUGAUGGUACUUCACUACCUCAACCUUCCGGCACUCAGGAUUCUCGAGCUUCCAGGUGCAAGAUAUAUCAACGACCGCGCCAUCGAAUACACUGACCUGGUCUAUUUGGAAGAGUUUUUGGAACAAUCCCGAUGUACAAUCCAGCACCUCUCCCUGCAUCGAUUGUACUUCAGCCCAAAGGAACUUCGCCGUCUCUUCUCCAAGAUGGAUGUCAGUAACCUGGAAUUCAUCUCCAUUUGGACCAAAGACAUUCUGGGUGUCAUGCGUUCUGAAAGACUGGGAUGGAUAGGCGCCGCUCGUCACCCUCUAUAUUGCAAAUCGCUUCGAGACCACCAUCUAUACGGCCAACAGCCCGACUUUGAUUUGGACGACUUUAUCGAGUGUCUCGAGACAAGAUGGGCAGGCCUUCAACCUCCCACAACCGAGAGUACUUCGGGUGCAACACUCCCGACCCUCAAUAUCAAGAUAUUCCACCUUGACCAAUUGAAUCUGAGGCCACCUUGGUGUCGGGAAGCCAACGCUACCCAGUUACAAAGGAUUUCAAAGCUUGGUGUUCGGCUGUACAUCGACGAACUUCCAUGGAACUGA